AGGCCCAUUCUCACAGUCUGUGCUGACACUGACAGUGGGGUGGAGAGGAAGAGUGUGUUCACUGAAAGUGUCGCUUUCUUUCGUGUUUUUUCUAACCUCACUUUAAACUUAUCGAAGUCGUAAGUUAAAACUAGUUCGGUAUUAAUUGGUUAUUAACCGGUUGUGAAGUAUAUUUGAGUGGUGGACUCUGAAUCCUGCGAAUGGAAUAUAUGAAACAGUUUCUGUCUGUGUUCAAUAACGGAUAUACCAUCAGGUGUCCAUCACUAUCCUGGUGGUGACAUGCUGCUGACAACCUGCCCAAAAUGUCAGCACAACUUCCCGCUGCCCUCACCAUGCUGUCAGGCGGACCCCCUGGUGGUUUCUGCAACUCUUCAUCUCCCCUCCACCUCCACACCUGCUACUUGCACGAUGACCGUGUCUGCCAGGAGAGUCCAGGUGGGGAUGACUGGAGGAGGAAUCGUCCAAGACUCCAGUGGAGAUUCCCUCAUACUCCAGAAGGGGAUCACGUCCAAGAGCUCCUCCAGUUCCGGUGGAAAGUUAAUAGUGAACUCUCAGCAGUCACCCGAGCCCUCGCCGUCUGUUCCGAUAGCGUUUGUGAUUCCUUCCAUCCCUUCUCGAUGGUCAUUCCCUCCUCCGGAUACGGACUUGGAACGGCUAUCGUCCACGAUGAAGGCCCUGAGGAACUCCGGAUGGUACUAUGAAGGACUGUCAUGGCAGGAGUCGGCCGCCCUCCUGAUGCCGACGUCACCUGGCACAUUUUUAGUCCGCGACUCUUCCGAUCCUAGGUUCCUGUUCUCGCUGAGUGUCCAGACCGAAAGGGGUCCCACCAGUGUGAGGUUGCACUACCACGAAGGCAACUUCAGACUGGACGCUGCACCCAAACUUGUACCCGUCAUGCCAGUGUUUCAGUGCGUGGUGAGACUCGUGGAGUACUAUGUUUCUGUGACGAACCGUAAGAGUGACAGGAGUAAAAGUAAAGAACAAGUGUGGAUAGACUGCAGUGGACAGACGUAUUCCAGUAUUUUGCUGACAAAACCGUUGUUACAGAAGGGAAAGUUCCCCACCCUUCAACACCUGGCCAGGUUAGCCAUCAACCGAUUAGGACAAACUGGAUUCCAUGUUCCUACCCAUGAACUGCCAGAGACUCUUCAUAGGUAUCUAGCCGAGUACCCGUACUCACAGUGAUAGCAUUACUUGGUCCUGAUGAAGAGGUGAAAUAACUUUGCCAAAACAUUGUUCAUUCCCCUAGAAUUAAUUUCUGAAAAAAAAAGAAAACUUUUUCUUUUAGGUUAUUCUGCCACAUUUGAUUAAAAAAAACUUGACUACUUUAAAGCUAUUUUAUUCCAAAUCUAAUUACUGUAAAAAUGUGCUGAACAGUGAAAUAUUUAUAAAUUUAGCCAUCAAAGUUAUUUCACACUGGAAAAUAGAGGAAGGACCCUUCUUUUUCGAACAUAAAUUCCAACAAUUAAAUUAUUUGGACGGAUUAAAUGCUCCUAUAGAAAUGUAAGUUAAAAUCCUUAUCAAGUUCAUUAAAUGCAAUUUGGUGGCUUAAACACAUUAAUGAAAUGAAAUUUCUGGCAAUAAUGUCUAUUUUUAAGGGAGAUAAUUGUAUUGUGAUUGUACCUGGAGUUUUAAUGCUUCCUGUUAGGAACAUCAAAUAAUAUUUUGGUUGUGAGUUUUCUACACCCAAAAGUAGUAGUGGCCAUUACUAAUUAGUUAUCGAAUAACAAUAAAUAAAGUUAAUAAAUUAUUUCGUGUUUACUAUACAUUAUUCAUUUGUUUCAUCUAAUUCUUUACAGACUAAUUAAAAUUUCUUAAAUAAUUGGCUUAAAUGAAGUCAAAUUCAAUAAACUCAUCGCAUUUUACAGUUCUUAUUUCCAACAUAAUUAUGUUAGUUUAGUUAAUCUGUCUUGCAUUUCUUACAUUAUGAUACCAAUGUAUAUCGUAGGUUAGUAAUCUAACAUGUGAUCCAAAGAUAAUGUAGUAAAGAUUAGACACUGUUCUGUUUAAUCUAUCUUCAUUCGCAAGUGUUUAGUGUUUAUGUUCGUCAAGUGUUUAUGUGUCUAUUCCAAAAUCCACCUUUAUUCGUAUUUUUUAAUAAUUUAUUUGAAGCGACUGAGAUUGUUAAAAGUCUCAUAUAUGUGUAUUCAAAACGAAUACACUGCCAUCACAUAUGGUUCUGUUAUUUAUUCUAAUUACUUUAUUUAGUUUUAUUAUUUAUUUUGUGUGCUACUAGUUAUAAAGUAGCUGUUUACCACUAGCUUUACAUAUAAUAUUGUAUGUAUCCAGUAUCAUUUACUAGUAAAAUUUAUAUUUAAUCGAUAGUUCCUUUCACUAUUUAUUAUUUACUUUUAGAUUUUGUAUUGUAUACUGUUUAUUACCACCAUGUGAAUUAUCAGUAAAACAAAUUUAUGCACAAUGCCAGUCAAUAUUGAGAAGUCGAAUUUAGAUAAAUUCUGUUAAGGAAAUUUUUUAUUGAUUUUCAUCUACCUAUGAAAAUUAAGUUGUUUUAGAUGCACUAAUAAAAUCUUUAUAAUAUUUCUCUGUUCGCUCCUUGCCCAAAUUUGAGUUCGUAAAUUUAUUUUGAUUCAGCCUUUGUAUUCUGUCUUUAUAUUGAGUUUGAUGGCUGAAAAGUCCAAAAAUUUUUCUGAAUAUUAUUAUUACAAAAUUUGGUCAUUGCUAGGUAUAUUUUGCUUGACAUGCUUUAUGGCUACAAGGUGUCAUACAAAUACAGUUGUCAAUUGCAGUAAAAUUGUAUGGUAUUGUCUAGUACAGUAGAUAAAUUCCACCUGAUGUACUAGAUCUGUUCCUGAGCUCGCCACUGUCAUUAAAUAAAGCCAUUUCCAUGUGUUUGUUCGGUUGUAAACCUAAAAUAUUCCAGUGUGUAAUCAGAAUCAAUUUUCAAAUAUAAGUAAUGAUAUUUUUGUUAUUGGUGUCAAUUUGUUAUAAUAAAUAAAUGUACCUAACUUAUAAAAUGAUUGUAUUUAGGUGCUGUGCUAGUAAUUUUAAAUGGAUUUCACAGAAAUCGGUGUAUUCUUAAGUAGGUAGUUUCUUUCCAAUUUUUGUAUAUUUAUUGUAAAUACGAUAAACAAUUUUUAUAAAUACAUUAGAUUGUUAUUUUUUUCAAUAUUAAAUGUUACUAUUUAGUGUUUUA